AUGUUUCUAGCAUCUGCUCGAAGAGUAGCGACUUCAAGGGCAAGUUUGAACGGGCUUGCAAGAACGGCUCUUGUAAAAUCACGUCAGACCCGAUCAAUCGCGUUUUUCAAUAAUGUCUCGGAGUCUCUUGUCCUUUUACAUGAGUUUAGUGGAUUGCCGUGGGUUUUUUUAAUUCCAGCGACGACUUUUGGCCUUAGAACAAUCUUCACUCUUCCAUUGAGUAUCUGGCAGCGCCGAAGAAUUGUCAAGCAGCAAGAACUACGGAAGGUAAUACAGGCAACGACCCCAGUGGUGAAACUUCGGCUAGCGGCUGCCACGCAGCGUCAACAAAUGGCGCCACAGUCUGGUUCUACUGGUUUGCGAGAGAAACCUCCACUAACCCCGGAACAGAUUACGUUAUUAGCGCUCAAGGAAACCAGAAACCGCCAGAAAAGACUUUUCGCAGAAAAUAAGGUCCAAUUGUGGAAAAAUUUCAUUUUACCGCUAAUACAGGUACCGCUGUGGGUUUCCAUCUCAAUGGGACUCCGAAACCUGACUGAGCACCGGUUAAUCGACACAUAUAUUCCAUCAGGAUUGCCUUCAUGGCAGGGGUCAAACAUGCACGAACUACUAACUCAGAUUGGCUCGCUUGACCUUAGUGUCCCAUUGGAUAGCCUUCCCAUGCUUGCACCGCUAUGCUUGGGUUUACUAGCACUUACUAAUGUGGAGAAUAACGGAAGAAUGAUGAGCACAACGGCGACGGGAGCUUUAGGGAUCAAGGUAGCGUCGAGCCCGAACUCUAAACUAUCACAAAGUACACAAAGUAUCUUGAACAUUUCUCGACUGAGUUGCAUCUUUUUUAUGGGCGUUUCCACCCAGGCUCCUUUACUGUUGGCCAUCUACUGGAUUAGCUCUCAGUUGUAUUCGUUGAUUCAAAACGCGUUUUUGGACAUGCUUUGGCCUUACCAGAAAUGA